GCCGCCGCCCGCACCUCCCCCCGCACCCCCGUGACCGUGAGCAAGCAGAUCGGUCAGAGAGCGGAGAGCCCCGCUGCUCCGACACAGUCCCCACUACCUCCCACAGCGCGCGAGGCAGGGGCCGAGGCAGAGGGCGAGGUGCGCCGGCCGGUCUGCCACCCGAAGCUUGGGAGCCCCCGGGCGGGCGGCUUGGUCAGGAACGACCGGCCGCGACCAGCCCCCUUCUUCCGCGCUCGCGCUCGUGAGAUGGGGGGAGGAAGGGUUUGGGGCGAGGUCCCAGGAUCCCGCUAGGAGCCCCUUCCGGCGUGAGGGUUCUGGUUACCGAGUGUUGGUGCGAUGGACAGCCUUCAGAGUGAUCCUUAUACAAGGAGCAGCUUGCAAAUGCAGCUCAUUGACACCUCCACAUCCUUCGAAACUAGCAAUUUGGAUUCGGUCAAGCAUGAGGUUCCCACCCCUCAAGUUGGCAUGACUUUUGAGACAGUUGAUUUGGCAUACCAGUCUUACCUAGAGUACGGGUACCGUGCAGGCUUUGGAGUUUCAAAAAGAACUUCCCAUAGCGUUGAUGGGGUAAAAUACCGCGCAACAUUUGUUUGUUACAAAGGUGGCAUCGCUAGGAUUAAGCCCGGGCUUAAAGCUCGAAGAAGACUUGUUGCGAAGACUGGCUGCAAAGCUAUGAUGGUGGUGAAGUAUAACGCAAGUGAGAAUCAUUGGGAAGUAGUGUUUGUUGAGCUGGAGCAUAACCACCCAUGUAAUCCUGAAAUGGUCAGAUUCAUGAUGUGUUUUAAGGAUCUUCCUGACUGGCAGAGGGAGCACCGACCAUUCAAUGCGAAAACUAGAUUGAACCCAAAGAUUCAUUCUGGUAGAGGCAGGCCACCCAACCAAAACAAAGAUUUCAUGGUGAGGUCCUUCUCUCAGUCUAAUUAUUCAAUUGAAGCAGCUGCCAAGUGUGGGAAGCUGAGAUUUGCAGAGGGUGACGUUGAGGCAUUAUUAGUCUUUUUCGAUAAGAUGCAAGCUCAAAAUUCCAACUUCUUCUACAACUGGGACAUGGAUGAUGAAGGCCGGCUUAAAAAUGUUUGCUGGGUCGAUGCAAGAUCGAGAGCUGCAUAUCAGCAUUUCAGUGAUGUUGUCUGCUUUGAUACUGUUUAUUUGACAUACCAGUUUGUCAUUCCAUUGGUUGCUUUUCUUGGAAUCAACCAUCAUGGCCAAUUUGUAUUGUUAGGAUGCGGUUUACUGGGAGAUGAGUCUCCAGAGACUUUUUCAUGGUUAUUCAAAAAAUGGCUAAAAUGUAUGAAUGAUAAAGCACCUGAAGCAAUUAUUACCACCCAUUCAAGACCAGUAGUCAAAGCAGUCUCUGAGGUAUUUCUAAAUACUCGUCAUAGAUACAACCUUUGGCACAUAAUGAAAGAGCUUCCUGACAUGUCUGGAAGAGUUGAGGAUAAGGAGGCAAUUAGCCUGAGAAUGAAAAAGGUAGUCUAUGACACCAUUACAGCAGCUGAUUUUGAGAGGGAGUGGGUUGAGAUGGCCAAUCAGUACAAGCUUCAUGACAAUCGUUGGCUCACAACCUUGUUUGAAGAAAGGGCAAAAUGGGUGCCAGCAUAUGUGAAAGAUGCUUUCUGGGCUGGUAUCUCUACUGUUCGCCGCAGUGAACGGUUGGAGGCCUUUUUUGAUGGAUAUAUUACACCAGAGACCACAAUAAAGAUAUUCAUUGAACAAUUUGAUACUGCUAUGAAGCUUAGGUCCGAUCGAGAAGCCUAUGAUGAUUUCCGUUCUUUUCAGCAAAGGCCACAAGCCCUCUCUGGUCUGUUGUUUGAGGAGCAAUUUGCAAAUGCUUAUACUAUAAAUAUUUUUCAGAAAUUCCAGGAUCAGUUAAAGCAGCUGAUGAAUGUGACUUGCACUGAAGUCAGUAGGAAUGGAUCGAUAGUGACCUACACUGUGACCGUCAUUGGGAAGGAGAGGAAGUUUGACUAUAGAGUGAUGUAUAAUAGUGCCGAGAAAGAAGUGUGGUGUAUCUGCAGGUCACUACAGUUUAAAGGUAUUUUGUGUAGCCAUGCUCUUGCAGUCUUGAAGCAAGAGCUUGUGAUGCUAAUACCUUCCAAAUAUAUUCUUGAUCGAUGGAGGAAGGACUAUAAAUGCCCCGAGGAAUCUAAGGAAACUCCCAUCCCACCAGAAUCGGCAAAAGCAACAGGGAAGGGCACAAAACCGGAAAAUGUCCGUGAAGAUAAAGUGGACAACCUCUACAACGAUGGCCACCAGUACUUUGCUGACAUUGUGGAAAUGGGAGCAACUGAUCCUGAUGCAAUGGAGUAUGUUCUGUCUGUGAUGAAAGAAGCUAAAGAGAAGGUACGAAGGUUUGAGGAAUCCCGAAAAGAGAAAAGGCCCGAAGGAAAUCCAGUUUCUUCUAGUAAGAAAGGCGCCAAGUCUGCGAAGCCGCCAUCUGCUGAAGAUGUGGGAAACAGCACAUCUGUGUCGGCACCUGCGAACACAGCAAUGGCGACAGUGGCACCAACAAUGAUGGUGGCAGCCGCUUCAGCAACUCUGGCGGCAUCUACACCAAUGCCAGUGCCGUCAUGUACACAAAUGUCAGUGCCACCAACAAUGAUGGCUAUGGCUACCACGUCGGCAGCUGUCCCACCAGGAAUGUUUUUAGUACCGAUGCACCCACAUAUGGUUUUUCCACCCUUCACCCCUGGAUUACCAGCAGCAGUACCACCUGUAGCGCCACCUCCAGCCCCAACAGCCAAUGCGGUGGGCGUUGUUUCCAACCCCACGAAGAAGAGAAAGAAAAGAAAGGGGAAUAGUUGAGCUUGGGGUCAAGAUGAGCUGCACUUGGGAUUGCCUGCUGUACAUUAUCUCGCCCUUGGCUUGGAACCACUAAUCUUAGUUAGCGCAGCUUUGGACUGCCUACUGUAUACAUGAUCAGCCUUCUGUCGGAUGUAAUCUUAUAUGUAGCGCGGCUUCUGAAUGUUAGUCUGCUUCUGAUCUUGUGGAUCACGAUUUGGUGGAGGCUGGUACAACCCUUGCAGACUCUUAUGUUGCUGGAGAUUUCGCCAAAUUAUGUGAUCACGCCGUAUUUAUGGCCAGCCACCGAUGCCUGUUAGGUUCUUGUUAGGGAACACACCAGUAUGCUCAUCGUACAUAAACUCAUCAUCUGUUAUGCUGUGGGUACUGAAGUAUGGAUCGCCUGUUUUGAACCCCCAUUA